UGUCUGUUUCCUGUCUCUACUCUUCAUUUCAACUUCUAUUCUUCAACUCAACGGUAAGCCUUCUCAUCUGUGGAAACCCACGAUGAAUCUUCCAAUCUCAAUAGACAUUCUAUCAACUCCUCUCCUUUCAACCACCACCACCAGUAGCAGCAGCAAUACAAGCAGCGACGCCGACGAAAGUCCGGCGACAUCUCACCGCUUCAUUCCCUACAACCUCCCCAAAACACCUUCCUCCUGCUCCUCAUACCGAUCUCUCUCCACCCUCACCGGCCAUGACGGAUCAGUUUCAUCCCUAGCUAUAUGCGGUGAAUUCAUCCUCAGCGCCUCCCAUGGAAAAGACAUUAUUGUAUGGCAACAGCCGGACCUCCGCCAGUUCACCAAGUUCGGACAAGGAGAUGGCUCCGUCAAGGCGUUGGUAACUGCCGGAAACAAGGUCUUCACAGCCCAUCAAGAUUCAAGGAUUAGAGUAUGGAAAGUUUCAAGAAGCUCUGAAAACAUUUUCAGACUUGUUGACACUCUUCCAACCACGAAGGAUUACUUAGGAAAAUUCAUGAAACAAAGUAAUUAUGUUCAAACAAGACGGCAUCAUAAGCGGUUAUGGAUCGAACAUGCUGAUAGUAUAUCAUGUUUAUCGGUUCAUGAUGGGUUGAUUUACUCGGGUUCUUGGGAUAAAACUUUGAAGGUGUGGAGGAUCUCGGACUUAAAGUGUUUGGAAUCGAUUAAAGCACAUGAUGACGCUAUAAACUCUUUAAUCUCCAGCAAAGGGAUUGUGUACUCAGCUUCUGCAGAUGGGAAGAUUAAAGCAUGGGGAAGAACAGAACCCAAAAGUUCGCAUUCAUUAAAGGGUAUCUUGGAGGGUCAUAAGGACAUAUCCAUAAACUCGGUGGUGGUUUCCGACGAUGGCACGGUGGUUUACGGCGGUGGGUCAGAUGGGUAUAUAAUGGGGUGGUUAGGAAGCAAAGAUUUUGAUAGUUGGAAGUCCGUAUGUGAGGUGAAAGCACAUAACAUGGCCAUUCUGUGUAUGUGCAUAAAAGGUGAGAUCUUGUGUAGUGGUUCAACCGAUAAAAGUAUAUGUAUAUGGAAAAGAGAAAUCAAAGGGUUGACCAAGAUUGGUGUGGUCAAAGGGCAUGGAGGUCCAAUUAAAUGUUUACAAGCUUCACCAAAUAGUGUUGGUAGCGGGUUUUUGCUCUAUAGUGGUAGUCUCGACAAGAGUAUAAGAGUUUGGUGGAUUCCAUAUUAUGAGGAUGGAGUUAAGACAGAUGAUUCCAACUCGUCGGUUGAAAGUACGAGGAUGAUCAAAUCGGUCUAAUGAUGUCGUUGUUGUGGUGGCAGUUGAAGGUUUUUGAAGCACUGAUCCCGUUUUUGAGUGUUUGCAGUGCCAAUUCUUUGAUAUAGUGUGUUUUAUUCAUAUGUUUUGUUAUUGGGAUUAUAUUUUUUUUCUUUUAAAUACAAGUGUCGUUAAAUUGGAUGGUGUAUAAAUUUGUAAAAGUUACCACAGAUGAUUGAUUAGUUUUUAUUAUAAAUUAUUUGAUUCAAGUAUUUGUAUUUUAAUCUGUGUAAGCCGGAAUAAAUGAGAAUUAAUAUAGUUUGAAGCCUA